UAAAAAGGAUUUUUUUCUUUAAAAAAAAUUCAUUAAAUAUAUAUAGAAACAAACUUAACAUCCGCUCACUCGCAUGUUGCUAAGCUUUGAACUGAAAAGAGUUUUUUUUUCUUCACCGUGAUAAGUAAAAAGCCUGAAUGGUUUUCUCUUUUCGUUUUUACCAUGAUUAUUUUGGAUAUACGAGGCGGUAGUACAAAUCCUAUUAAAGUUUAAGGUAAAUGCAUUUAAUCUUUCACCUCGCUAUGUAAUUAAGCCGGUCGAUAUGUAUUUCCCUAUAGUUCCUUUAAUGUAAUUUGAAAGUUUUGAACUCUUCUGGUAUACAUUAGAUAAAAACCUAAGAUAUUUAUACACAACCGGACUCAUUAUGGUUUGGAGAAUUGUACGUGUAAUGUCAGUUAUCUAGAAGGCUUGCUUACAUAGAAAAUAAAACAAACAUUUGAAAAAAUGACACGGAGGUAAAAAAAACAAAACGUUUUAUUAUAACACCUGUGACAUAGUGAACGUGCCUCGUUGGUGUAAAUCAAAGAUGGAACUGUUUAGGAUAUAAUUUGAUUGAAAAAUUUUCGAAUAAAGUGAAACCCGUUCCGUGGAAUAAAAUGUCGUCUGCGGAUGAUGCAGACGACGAGCGUGAAAGCGCCGCACCGACUCCCGUACAAGACUGGGUGGAUCCAAAAUGUCUGAAGUUUACAAUAUUCAUAGUGUUGCCUAAUGAUGAAGUGUGUACAAUGCGGGAUCUACUGUCAGGAAUCACUGUUGAUCAACUCAAGUGUCGUUUGGAGCUACAUUCAGGCGUACCAGCUCAGAUCUACACUCUGGUCUACCCAGACGGAGGGGAACUAGCCGAGGAACUGAGACUGGUUGUCAGGGAAACCAUUCUUGAUGGAUAUCUUCUUAAAAUGCGUAUCCAUGACAACUGGGAAUCACUGUACAUAACCGUAUCCCGGAACUGCAUAGAACAAGUAUACCACAGUGGUGGGGUUCACCUUAAAGGAAAUAUUGUCAUCAGUGAAACCGACUGUGACCGUUAUGAAAGCACCGUAAGGGAGAGAGGAACCAUUGCUUUAUUCAUCGCGUCUUUCCUGGGUCUUCAGAGGAUGGCGAACAUGCUACUUUCUGUUGGAGUGCACGUGAAUUCUACAACCUUAUUCGGGAGAACGCCAUUGCAUGCAGCAGUGGCAAAAGACCACGUGGUCAUGGCAGAGUUCCUUAUUAGUAAAGGGGCUUCAAUUCAGAAGGCCGACUGUUACGGAAUAGUCCCCAUUGACCUUGCAAAACAAAUGUCUUCCAGUUUAUGUUUUCGCAAACUUCGUUUAAUGCAAUUAAACUUUCGGGGAAGUUCUGGUAGCGCAAAUGCAAUCAAGAAGUCUAAACUUAUUGUGAAAAUAGACACAAAUACUGAGUCUACUAAACAGGAUACUUACCAUCCUGAUAGAACUCAGUCAAAACUGUCACAGUACUCGGACGGAAGCUCACUUCCGGUCGGUCAAGACACUGCUCAACACAUAUCCAGGAAGCAUUUAUCAUCCAGCGCACCUGUUAGUGUUCAUACUCGCCGUGGUCUGACGUCACGUGAAAGAACGCGGUCUUCUCUUAGCAAUUUUACUACGGGUAAACUACCACAAAAUCGACGUAAUGUUAAAUGGAAAGAUACUAAAACUGAGUACACGUACUGUAAGCAUUUACAUUCUCAUCAGAAUGGCCUCAGCGCAGUGGAAGAAACUGUAAAGGUUAAACCUAUGAGAUUGGCUCAUCCUAAAACAAUGAUCAAAUAUUCAAACAUUGCCAACCAAGAGGCGUUAAAAGCUAAAGCAUUGAACGGGGAAGAAAACCCUAAUGAAGACAAAACGAAUGACAAGCCGGCCGAAGACGACAAGAAACUUACGCACGUCAUGAAAUAUUCAAAAGAAAGACUUAACUACUUUAAGAAGCUGGCGACACCAAGAGAUGAUUAUGUACCGAUGAAGGACCGCAAGAAGUUUACAUCUUCCCAAAAUGAUGCUGAAGUCAGUGUUGCAUUUAAAAACUGGUUGAAAAAGAAAACUGCUGAAAUUGAAGCUGCCGAGGAUACGUCAUCAUCUGGAGAGUACUUUAAUCAAAGUGAAUCAGAGGACGAUAGAAUGUAUGAGUUUAACAAACGAGUAAGAAAGAAAAACAGGGACGCCGUCAGGUUUGCAAGAAGUAUAACACCAGGAAACAGACCGCUGUUGGAUGUAAUGGAAUUUGGAAGCACUCAAUACGGUGACGGGAGAAAUCCGCCAGCAGAUUUGAAUAUUGGUGCAUAUAAAGAAUGGCGGACAAAGAAGCGAGGUUACUUGAUAGAUAUGCCUAAAACUAAGAGAGCAAAUGAUGUUUUACUGGAAAAGAGACGGCUUGAAGAAAAACGACAGAAGCUUUUGUUGACGGCAAUAUCGUAUGAUGAAUGGAUGGACCACGCCGAAGAGAGGAAAAUGUUAAUCAAACAAAUUCUGAAGGCGGACAAGGACGAAAUGAGAAAGUUAGAAGAAGAUAAACUCAAAUACAGGCAAAGAAAGUUCUCCUAUGAUACAUGGAAAGAGAAAAUGUCUAAAAGAGAUCAAGAGGAUAAGAAGAGAAAAGACUUUCAGAAGAAAUACGAGGCAGAGAGGAUGAGAGAGAAACUACAGAACGGGACUACGACUGUACCGUUCGAUGAUUGGUUAAAGAAGAAACGUUUAGCAAUGUCAAAAGAACAAAAUGUAGAAAAUAAUAGUAAAGAUAAAAGUGCUGCAGUGGUCAGAUUUGAUGAGAGCGUUCGACAACAGUCAGACGCGGUUGAACAGGAAGCUCGUUUAAAUAACUGGAUGUUAAGAAAAAACGAAAACGAGGGUGUAGAUGACGCUUAUAUCAUUGGUGAAAAGUCUUAACGGUGAAAUUAAUAUAUACUGAGUACUUUCUGAAAAUACGUUCAAUUUAUAGAAAUGGCUUAUUUGCUCGUUGGAUCAUUAAUGAAUAAAAAGGUCACUGACAUUAUAAGAAAAAGUAUUAUUAUCAUAGUUAUACUACAUGUAGUUUGCUUCAAAUUUCAUUCUAUGUUGUGACAUAAAAGAUGGAUAUCUGAAAUGUAUCUUCUUUCGGCCAAUAUCAAAAAUAGUUUAGGUAUUCCAUUCACUUAUUGCUCAAGAGAUGUUUAUUUAGAAGGCGGCUGAGAGCCAUUGUUUUUUUUUUCACUUGUUCAUAUAGACGCUUAUUAGAUAUUUAUUUAGAAAGCGGCGGGUUGCCAGUGAUUUCUUUUUUUGCGGGAAUUCAUAUAGACGCUUAUAUAUAAAAGAAGUGCUAAGGUUUAAAUGAGCUAAUAAUUUAUGCAUGCAUAUCCUUUGUACGUAUCGAGCGCGAAUGACAAAUGCUUUUUGGCCAUUUACAAGGUGUUUUUAUUUGUAAUAUGUUUCGAACUAUUCUAGUGGCAAUAAAAUAAUAUAUUAAGUAGUUAAAUAACCCAUUUUAGUCUCUUUUUAGCAGAUAGAUAACAUUAUGUAUACACCUUGACACUAGUAUGUGAUCCAUUUAAUUUACAUAUCAUUACAGCAAACAAGAUAUGUUAACAUGUAUUGUAUAUUUGAAGAAUUCUUAUGCAAAUUAAUAUCGUUAUCUUUUCAUUCAACAUAAUGAGACCCCCAUGUAUCAUAUUCAAGAUUUAAGUAUCAACAAUGUACGUAUGACGAGAUUCUGACAGGUUUGUACUGAAACCAAUGCGCCGGUCACAUGACACCGACCAAAUUUCGUACAAAAUCUGACGAGGUGUCUAAAUUAGCAAUA